CUCCCCAGUCUACGGCGACACUAUGGCUGCACAAAACAACGGCGACAACGGCGUCCAGCUCGCGCGCGACUCGCAAUUCCUCAUCGACAGCUUCCUGCCCCCUACCGUCUCCCACCCAUCCAAACUCUAUAGGCUUCCCCUCCCCCUAUGCCUUCCACAAAUCGCCACCGGCUCCCCCUUCGCCAGAGGAUACAACCCGAUCCUCCACCAGGCCGUCGAUCUGCCGAUGGAGGAGUUCAUCGCGUUUCUUGACGGUCUAAAUUUAGCGAUAGUGGCGAGCCCAUCGUUGAGGGUGGUAUCGCUGGCGGGCAAGGUUCUUGGGCUGAUCCCCCACCACUGGGCCAUGAUCGCGUCGACGGCGAUAGACGUGGGCGCGCAGGCGGGCAUGCGCAUCCUCUCCAAGACGCUCACCGACCGCUACCUGCGCGCCGCCAAUCUGCGCGUCUUCCGCCCCCGCGGGCUCGCCGCGCGCAUCUGCACGACCGACGCGAUGAUGCUCCUGCUUGGCAUGGACCCGAACGCGUCGACGAGCUCGCUGAGCACGCUGGUCAGCCCGCAGCCGGUGUCGCGAACGGCAACGUCGAGGGGGGUGACGCAGGUGAAGGUCGACUACACGAUGGCGGGUAUUCAGCGGCGGCUAGCCAUGCUCGGUAACGCCGCGCUCCCUGUCUCCUUCGACGUCCCGCAGCCAGCCAAGGCCAAGGGCGCGAUGGACACGAUGCAGUCGUGGGGCGUCAAGUUCGACGAGAUGGCUGCGGCGCGCCAGGAGCGGAAGCGCAUGCGCCAGCAGGAAAAGCGCGCGCGGAAGAUGGACAAGCGGGCUGGUAAGCAGGAGCGGCGAGAGGAGAAGGACGCGAGCAAGUACGAGAGGAAAGCAGAGAAGCAGAUGGAAAAGCAGGAGAAGCGGGCAGAGAAGCAUGAGAGGAAAGCGGAGAAGCACCCCGAUAAGAUGGACAAACGCGUUGAAAAGGAGCAACGGAAGGCGGACAAGCGAGAGCGCAAAGACGAGAAACAUGCCUUGAAGGACGAGCGGCGCGCUGAGAAACGUGAGGACAAAGAGGAGAGGCGCAUGGAGAAGCGGGCGGAGAAGGAAGAGAAGCGGGAGCGGCGCGCCAGGAAUGCUAUCCUGUGGCUGGUGAUUGUGGACGCGGCGAGAGAUAGGGAGAUCAUGGGGAUCUCAGAGGCGGAUAACGAGCGAGAUGUGGAGGUCGUCACGGAGCAGGCCUGGCGACAGGAAGUUGACCAUGAGCUCUCGGAGGAUGAAGAACUCGAGUAUGCCGACGAGAAGGCCGUUCCGGAGGCGUAUGGCGCACACAAAUAUUAGUCAGCGCACAUAGAUAGAAGGCGUGGCAUUAUGGACGUAGCGCCCUUCACAAGAGACAUUUCAAUAG